AUGUGCUAUGGCAAAUGCGCACGAUGCAUCGGACAGUCUCUGGUGGGGCUCGCCAUCCUCUGCAUUGUAGCUAACAUCUUGCUGUACUUUCCCAAUGGGGAAACAAAGUACGCCUCUGAAGAACACCUUAGCAAGUUCGUGUGGUUCUUUUCUGGCAUCAUAGGAGGGGGCUUGCUGAUAUUCCUGCCAGCAUUUGUCUUUAUUGGGUUGGAACAAGAGGACUGCUGUGGCUGCUGCGGCCAUGACAACUGUGGCAAGAGAUGUGCGAUGCUUUCUUCUGUGCUGGCAUCUCUCAUCGGAAUUGCAGGGUCUGGCUACUGCGUCAUUGUGGCAGCUCUGGGCUUAGCGGCAGGACCACUAUGUCUUGAUUCCUCCAACCAGUGGAACUAUACCUUUCUGGACACUGAAGGACAAUACCUUCUGGACAAAUCCACAUGGUCCCAGUGCAUUGAACCCAGGCAUGUUGUGGAAUGGAAUGUUUCUCUGUUUUCUAUACUCUUGGCACUAGGUGGAAUUGAAUUCAUCUUGUGUCUCAUUCAAGUAAUAAAUGGAAUGCUUGGAGGCAUAUGUGGCUACUGCUGUACUCACCAUCAGCAAUAUGACUGUUAA